AUGCCCCGCCGACUAGCAACAGCGUUGCCCAGCACGCUCGCGCGACUUCAGCAGGGCAAUAUGCUCAAAAGCGUGCCUCGCAUUCUUCCCGUGCUCGCUGAGAUCCCGCCUCUUCUCCUCGGUCCACGCGCGCCUUCUGCUCGACCAACCGACGAGCUCUCACCGGAACAAAGAGCGGACACUUCUGCCACGACCCAAUCCCAAUCACGUGCACUAUCCAAGUCGAAGAAGAAGUACCCCUCGUUGAGCCCGCAAAAGAUUGUGUACUUGGGAGACAAGGUUAGGAGAACAUUCUUCAAGGAUCAUCCGUGGGAGUUGAAACACCCUCGUAUGCUCGUCGAGGGAAGGGAAAGUCGAGCUGCGAGGGAUCCGACAGUGCCUGGUCAACCUGUCGAUCUUUCUCUAUGGGGCAAUUAUCCGACUGCUGAAGAGUAAGUGCAUGCGCUCAUCUGGCUCUUGAAGCAUCGUCGCUCAUGUAUGCCUGCCCCUGCGCAGCGUCAUCUCCUGCGUCCUGUUGCAGCACAAGAGAGAAGGCAUCUCGCUCAGCGCAGCGUAUCACCACACGCUCUCCUCUUUCUACUCACUUCGAGCUCGAGCGGAACAUUCGCGCAGAUCAGCAGUAGCAGAAGCGCUAGCAUACGGCGCCACUUUCCCCAUCAAGUACGGCAAGUCCGAGUAUCAGGCUGGAGGAGCUCGAGAAAUUUUGCGCUUCACGCUUCGAGAAGGUCGAGAGAUCAAAAGCGGGGCGGCAUUCCUCAAUCCUGACAUUAUUCCUGCUGCACCUGGAACGACGACGGGUGCAGGUGCCAGCGCGACAGGGGGCCAGACGACGGAACGCAGAGCAAAUGCCAGAUUGGACAGUUGGACGGGCGGCACAGCCUAUUUGCAAGCUAGCAGAGCUGCGCGGGACGAAGCCAGACGCAUCAAAGAGACGACACUCUCCCCUUCCUCUGUCCAGUCUGCUCAGGAAACUCUGGAUGGACAGGGGUCCGACGAUGCGAUCAGCACGCCUGCGAUGAGGGAAGCGGCGCAACAGAUCGAGCCUCAAUUGUCGAGCGUGCUGGAGACGAAGAGGGCGAUGGGAGAGCAAUCGGUCCGCACGGCGGACGAAGCGGCGCAGGAAAUCAACGAAGAAGCUGCAUUCUCUCACGCUGUUCAAAGACCUUUUCGCGCAUCGCCAAGAGGAGGAGAGGAAGAUUAG